AUGACAAUCGACUUAAGAAACCCUUUGCAAGUUGUGCCCGAAUCUAUUGAUGGAACCCCCAGCACCCCAGGAUUCAGAGCUCGCAAACGACGAGGAAGACAAAUCAUGCUCAGCCGAUACCUCAAAGAUCCUCAAAGACACGAGAUGCUAGCAUGCAACUGCCCCACGCUUCCCCCGAGCAAAGACAUCAAAGCCCUGAGGAGGAAUUUGACUAAGGUCCUCCCAGAACUAGCAGGCGUGGGGGCUUGGUGUCAGAGGGAUUGA